GUGUGCAAAGAAUCGCGCCGCUUCUCCGUCCCGGUCCGAAUUGUGGUCCCGGUCGUAGCGAGCGGCUCCGGUCCCGGUUCGGGAGCGGUUGUUGGCUUCGGCAUGCGGAGCGGCCGUGUGACGCGCCUGUUGGUGGCGCUGUUGUGCGCGGAAGUGUCCGCAGCGGCGGCGGCGGGCGGCGAUUCCCCGGAACGGACGGAAGUGGUCCCCGCGCUGCUGUCGGCGCUCGGCGCCCCCGAGCGGCUGCUGGUGUCGCUGGCGGCGUUCGGAGAGGACCUCCGACUCGACGCCCGGAGGAACGGAGACGGCGGGCCGCCGGUAGAGGAGCGCCGGGCCGGCCGGAGGUCGCCCGUCGCCGCGCCGAUGGACAGGAACCAGCUCUGCCUCUACUCGGGGACUGUCCGGGAUCGACCCGGGUCGCUGGUGUCCUUGACUGCCUGCGGAGGCCUGACAGCUCUGGUCCACUUGAGCGGCGAGGUUCUGCUCAUCCGCCCUCGGGAGGGCCACAACCUCACCGGCUUCGGGUCCUUCUCGGGAGUCCGACACGAGCUGCUGCGCCGGCGGGAAGCGUCGUCGCGAUGCGGUACGGCGCCGGAACGGGAAGCAGGCCAAAAGAAGCGGAAGCCUUCCGAGCUCGGCGAGGAAGCUCGCGGUAAGCGCGCGCCGGAGGACGAGUACACGGUGGAAACGCUGCUGGUGGCCGACUCCGACAUGGUCCGCUUCCACGGAGCGGACGCCGCUAAGAGGUUCUUGUUGACCGUCAUGAACAUGGUGUACAACAUGUUCCAGCACCAGAGUUUGGGCGUGAGGAUCAACAUUCGGCUCACCAAGUUGGUUCUGCUUCACAGCCGCCCCGAGAAGCUGAAGGUCGGCCAUCGCGGGGAGCGUUCGCUGGAGAGCUUCUGUCAGUGGCAACACCAAGAGUUCGGAAGGCCAGCGUACCUGGGAAACAAUCGCCUUCCCGUAGGACGCGAACAAGUCCCGGCCGUGGACGCCGCCGUGCUCGUCACCAGGACAGACUUCUGCGUGCACAAGGAGGAACCGUGUGACACUGUCGGUAUCGCGUAUCUGGGCGGGGCUUGCAGCGCUAAAAGAAAGUGCGUGUUGGCCGAGGACAACGGCCUCAACUUGGCCUUCACCAUCGCUCACGAGCUGGGACACAACAUGGGCAUGAGCCACGACGACGACCACGCGUCCUGCGGCGGCCACGCCUACAUCAUGUCCGGCGAGUGGCUGAAGGGACGCAACCCCAGCGACCUGUCGUGGUCGUCGUGCAGCCGCGACGACCUGGGCAAGUUCCUCAGGUCCGAGUCCAGCGCCUGUCUGGUGCACACGGACCCGAGGAGUCGCUACCAGCCGCGUCUUCCUCACAAGCUUCCGGGCAUGCAUUACGGCGCGGAGCAGCAGUGCCGGAUCCUCUUUGGAAACAACGCCACUUUCUGCACCGACAUGGAGCACCUGAUGUGCGCCGGCCUGUGGUGCCUGGUGGAGGGCGAGGUUUCCUGCAAGACCAAACUGGAUCCUCCGCUGGACGGAACUCAGUGCGGAGAGGAUAAGUGGUGCCGUGCGGGAGAGUGCGUGAGCAAGACGCCCAUUCCGCAGCACGUGGACGGAGACUGGAGUCCGUGGGGUCCCUGGAGCAUGUGCAGCCGCACCUGCGCCACCGGAGUCCAGUUCCGACAGAGGAAGUGCGACAACCCGCCGCCGGGUCCGGGCGGGCAGCCGUGCCAAAAGGCCAGCGUGGAGCACAAAGCCUGCGAAGGUCCCCCGUGCCCGAAGGGGACGCCGGGCUUCCGGGACCUUCAGUGUUUGUCUUACGACCGGCGCGCCGGCGGCAAAAAGGAGGGCCGCGUCUUGACGGCGGUCACGGACGACGAGAAGCCGUGCGCGUUGUUCUGCAGCCCGGCGGGUCGCGACCUUUCCGUGCUGAUGGCCGACAGGGUGAUGGACGGGACGCCGUGCGGACCCUACGAGGCCGACCUCUGCGUCAACGGCAGGUGUCGGAAAAUCGGCUGCGACGGCAUCAUCGGCUCCUCGUCCAGAGAGGACGUUUGCGGCGUCUGCAACGGAGACGGACGAUCGUGCUCCGUCGUCAGGGGGGACUUCAACCACACCAGAGGCAUGGGUAAGAAGCGGACAUCUUUCCGCCCGCUCGUCGGCUCGCUUCAUCCGACCGCUCGGGCCUCAGGAUACGUGGAGGCGGCGGUGAUUCCGGCCGGAGCGCGAAGGAUUAAAGUGGUGGAGGACAAACCUUUGCACAGCUUCCUAGCUCUGAAAGACGGCGGCGGCAGGAAGUCCAUCAACAGCGACUGGAAGAUCGAACUCCCGGGAGAGUUCCAGGUGGCCGGCACUACGGUCCGCUACGUCCGCAGAGGCCUGUGGGAGAAAAUGUCCGCCAGGGGCCCCACCGACACACCCCUGCAUCUCAUGGUGCUGCUGUUCCACGACCAAAGUUACGGGAUUCACUACGAGUACACCUUGUCCUUGAACGCCUCGCGAGACGACGAGCGCAAACGCGACGAUCCUCUUUACAUCUGGACACACAGCGGCUGGGACGCCUGCAGCGCGCACUGCGGAGGAGGCGAGAGGAGGACGACGGUGUCCUGCGCGCGUUUGGCGGACAAGUCGAGGGAGCCGGCGGAAGACGGGUUUUGCGGCGCCGAGACUCGGCCGCCGCCGCAAGUGGGGACGUGCAACCCUCAGCCCUGCGCUCACCGGUGGCUGACGGGCGAGUGGGACGCGUGCUCGGCCACGUGCGGCGAGGGCACGCAGCGGCGACGGGUAACGUGCGCGCUGGAGCGGCGCAACGGGUCGCUGACGCCGGCGGAGGACGCCGGCCGCUGCCCGGGGCCCCCGCCGCCGCCGCUGAGGGCCUGCGAGGGCCGUCUCUGCCUCGGCGUCUGGGAAGCGUCCGAGUGGUCGCAGUGUUCAGAGGGCUGCGGCACGGGGGUGCGCACUCGCACGGUCACGUGCGGCAACGCCGCCGGCCUCUGCGACCCGCCGGCUCGGCCCGCCGGCCGAGAAGCCUGCCGCGACCACUCGCGCUGCUACGAGUGGAAGACCGGCCAGUGGUCCAGGUGCUCGUCGUCUUGCGGGCGGGGACUGCAGUCGCGAGUGGUGCAGUGCAUGCACAAGGUGACGGGUCGCCACGGGGACGGGUGCCCGCCCGACCCGCGCCCGCCCGCCUACCGCCACUGCCGGGCCGAGGGGGCCUGCCGACGCGACGCCAACGCCAUCACUUCGCCCAGGCUAGCCGCCCUGACGUACAAGUGCUCCGGCGACCAGUGGCCCGUGUACUGCCGCGUCAUCCGCCAGAAGAACCUGUGCCAGGACAUGCGCUGGUACCAGCGCUGCUGCCAGACGUGCAGAGACUUUUACGCCGCCGAGACCGAGCGACCCGCUUGAAAACGCUCGCUUUGCCGCGCGCCCGAAAACAACGACCAAAAAAAAAAAAAAAAGACAAAAAGCCAAAGAAGGUACUUCUACUCAUAGAUAUCGCAUAUAUAUUUCAAAUGUUUGAAGCGGGAAGAGGACGAGACGGACGGCAGCCGAUG